UAUCUGAACGAAGUAAGUGAAGCCGCAAAGCAAAUCGGAGCCAUUAAUACUAUAAUAGUCGUCAGAGACAAGGAUAACAAGAGACUACUCUUGGGAGAUAACACCGACUGGUUGGGCAUCAUGUAUAGCAUCGAACGUGCGCUCAAAGACAACAACUGCACCUACCAAGGAAGCGCGGGUCUUGUCAUUGGGGCGGGUGGUACAUCACGCGCGGCACUUUAUGCACUUCAUCACUUGGGAAUUUCCCCAAUUUAUCUUUUUAAUCGCACGCUCGCCAACGCACAAUCCCUUGCCGCAACAUUCCCGUCCGAGUACGGGAUUAUCAUUAUCCCAAGUCUCUCCGAACCCCUCUCGUCCCCACCUCAAAUCAUCGUGUCGACAAUUCCAGCUACGGCGGAUGUCGAGAUACCAAAAGAAAUACUUAAAUUUACCGAGAUUAGCAAGAAUAAAGUGGGCGUGAUAGUUGAGAUGGCGUACAAGUCACGCAAGACAAAGUUACUUCAAGUCGCUGAGAGUUUCGGGAAUGGCAGGUGGAUCGGU